AUGGUCAGAGACUUCACCUUCUCUACUGACUACUCUGAAAAAACUCAUAUUUCUUCUUCUAGGGUAGGGAAGGUUGUUUCUGGUUCAGUAGCAGAGGUUGGAGAGGAUGGAGAAGGUGAGUUAGGGGCACUGAGAUUCAGUGUGGGAGUGAUGGAGGCAGCGGAAGUUGGUGGUGUGGAAAUGGCAGAGGGUGACGGUGUUGUAUGUUCAGGUUGUGGAUUUAGUUCAGAUGAGGUUGGGGUAGUGAUGUUGGUUCAGGUUCAGAGUGUGAUGGCUAUUGAGAGGCCAGAGCACGGGCUUGUAGUUGAGCCAGAGUGGGGGAUUAAGGGUCAGAAGAUUGCAGCAACAAUGGAAAGUGACUUGCCUGAUUCUAUUUUAUCCUUUAUCUUUAACAAGUUAUCUUUUAAGGAUCGUGUCAAAACUUCCCUAUUGUCCAAGCACUGGCUUCACGAAUGGAGAUUUUCAUCAACAACACACCUCAAUUUUGAUCUCUAUAACACACCGGCAACAGACAAAUCUCAAUUUACAGCAAGAUUGGAUCAGUUCAUGCUUCAUUAUGAACACGCUACAAUCAGUUCAAUUCGAGUAAAAUUUCCAUUGGGUGAUGAACACAGUGAUGUGAUUGAUAGAUUGAUUUCUGAAGGGAUUGCUAAGGGUGUUAAACAUAUUCAACUAUUAUUCUCACAUCAAACUAAUCAUACUAAUUUAAAUUUGGAAUUUAAGCCUUAUAGAUUUCCCUUUACUCUCUUAUCUAACACUGAUUCUCUAACCUAUCUGCACCUAGAGAACUGCCUCUUAGUAGCAUCUAUGGAUUUCUCUGGAUUGAAGAAUCUCACAACUCUUGUGUUGCAACAAAUCGUUGUGAAACAGGAUCUACUUGAGAGCCUGUUUUCCAACUGCAUCCAUCUCGCAGACUUCACACUUGAUAACUGCGAGUUAUGUUAUUAUUUUAAAAUAAUUACUCCAACAUUGGUUCAUUUGAAAAUUGCUAACUGUCGCUGUAUCUUUAUGACUGAAAUGGAUAUCAUUGCACCAAAUCUCUCAUCCCUUGAGUAUUCUUUUAAGGGAGAAAAGAUACCCUUCCUGAACAUUGAGGCUCAUGCGCUAUCACACUUUAGCUACAAGGGUUUGCUAAUUGGAUUUAUUGAUGAUGAUAUGUCUUGCUUGAAAAAUUUGACAACAAUUGUGUUGGACGGAAUUCAUCACGAUUUCUCAAAAUUGAUCCCAAGUUAUUUGUUUAAUCAAUGUCUCCAACUUGUGAACGUCACCCUUAAAAAUUGCUCACUAGCCGGUGAAAUAUACAUUACUAGUUCAAAGUUGCGUCAUUUGAACAUGAUUGAUUGCGGCUCUGAGAUAUCAGCUCCGUAUAUGAUAUAUAUUGAUGCUAAGAAUCUCUCGUCUUUUGAAUAUAGUGGUGUCAUCACUAGGAAAAUUUCUGUUAUGGCACCAAAGUUAUUGGAGAUUUUUUUGAAUGCUUCUGUAAAACACAAAUACAGUGGUCAUACUACAACAGCACCAAAGUUAUUGAAGGCGCUACUGGAGGUUUUAACAUCAUGGUUGUAUGUGGGUUUUAGGAGCUAUGGUUUCUACUAUACAUUUGCUAUGGUUUCUACUAUUGACUAUCUAGGCUUCUUUCAAUUUAUUGAUUCAUAG